AUGAAGAUUCCAGCACUGCUCGUAACGUGCCUGUACUUUUGGGGGCUCGCUUCAGCCGGCUCGAGUUCCUCCGUGCUCGAGCUAGCGAGGAGCAGAGCGUCGGCCACCGCGUCCACCGCCGUCACCGCUAGAUCCGGGCUGCGUGCCGGCCAGGUGGCCGUGGCCUCGCAGAAAGAUGCCACGCUUCAGGCAGAGGGUGCGGCGGCGGCGGCGGCCGCGGCACGCGGUUCCGCCGAUCAGACGGCCAGCUUGACCGAGGAAUCGGCGACUCAGCAGUCGAAGGCCGCAGCGAAAGCGAAGGCAUCCGAGGAAGCGGCAGCGGCCACAGCCAACGCCGAACUGGAGGCAGAGUCGAUCGCUGCAUCGGCCAGUUCCGCAGCCAGAGAGGCUGCUGCCUCCGCGAAGGCCUCCGCAUCCGCGGUGGCAUCGGCUGCCGUGCAAGCGAGGCUCGCCGAGAAGACAGCCAAGGCUCAAGCCACAGCCUCGGCAGAAGCGAGUGCCAAGGCCGAAGCCGCUGCCAGCGCGGCGGAAGCAGCCAGCGCCGCCGCCAAGGCAGCCCUGGUGGCCGAGGGACAAGCGGAAGAAGCGAUCGCCAGGGCAGCCGCGGCCAAAGCAGCUGCCAGGGCUGCGGCAGCCGCGUUGGCCAGCUCGAAGGAAGCCGCCGCGAUUAACGCGAGAAGCGCCGCCGAGGCUGCGGCCAGGAACGAGGUCGCUGUAUUAAUCGCCGAGCUGGACAAGAAGAGCAGAGAAAUCGACGCCUCCCUCUCGGCCACGGCACGCGCCGCUGCCAAGGCUAGCUCCAGGAACUCCGAGACGGCUGUGGUCGGGGCUAACAUCAAUUUGCCCACGGGGGUCAUAGUGGAGCCAGGCCCGAAACCGAUCCCGCUACCGCUGCCGAAACCGAAACCGAUCCCACUACCGCUGCCGAAACCACAACCGAAACCGUUGCCAUCCUCGGGGGCUGAGUCGAGCGUAGAGAUCAACGCGCAUGCCAGCGAGGAGGCAGAGAGUCGCGUGUCAAUAGAAGCAAGCGAGAAACGAUCAGAUUGA